CUAAGUCCCAACCUGCGGACUGUGAUAGAUGGAGAGGGCUCUAGUCUGAAGCCUCUCUCUCUCUCUCUCUCUCUCUCUCUCUCUCUCUCUCUUUCUCUCUCUUUCCAGGGCCUAGCCUAAUCCCCCAGCUCUGUCCUGCCAGGUUCCUGAGAGAGCCAAUGACUUUAUCUUUGUGAUGGGUGGCCAGUGGUUUCCUGCCAACCGCUUCUGUUUCCGGAGGCUCAGCAGGGCCCAGGCGGAGCCAAGAGGGGCCCCACCAGCCCCGCCCCCAGCUAUCUUUGGGAAUUUAUUUGUUCACAGGCAGCUGGCCCACAGACCAUUGCCUGCCAGGAACCAAGAUCAGCUUUGACUACCCCAGAAUUCUCUCUCCCAACCCAAGUGCCUCCAACUGACCUCUGACUUCCAACCUCUAGUGGGGCCUGCCCUGCCCUGCUCUGCCCUUCCCAAGGAGCUGGGAGCCUCUAGGAGCUCUGUCAAAGCUCACUUCCAGAGCAGAGGCAGUGCAGGGGCUCAGUACUUGGUCCCGUCCUGGUCACCAUGGCGCGGAGGUUCCAGGAUGAGGUGGCCGCCUUCUUCUUUGAGUACGACACUCCCCGAAUGGUGCUGGUCCGCAACAAGAAGGUGGGCAUCAUCUUCCGCCUGAUCCAGCUCGCGGUUCUGGUCUACGUUGUGGGGUGGGUGUUUGUCUACGAAAAGGGCUACCAGACCUCCAGUGGCCUCAUCAGCAGUGUAUCUGUGAAACUCAAGGGUCUGGCCGUGACGCAACUGCCAGGCCUAGGCCCUCAGGUGUGGGAUGUAGCUGACUACGUCUUCCCGGCGCAGGGUGACAACUCCUUUGUGGUCAUGACCAAUUUCAUCGUGACGCCCCAGCAAGUUCAAGGCUACUGUGGUGAGAACCCAGAAGGGGGCACAUGCAAGGAUAACAGCAGCUGCACCCCUGGGAAGGCAGAAAGGAAGGCCCAAGGCAUCCGCACGGGCAAGUGUGUGGCCUUCAAUGACACCGUGCAGACGUGUGAGAUCUUUGGCUGGUGCCCCGUGGAGGUGGACGACAAUGUCCCACGUCCCGCCCUUCUCCGAGAAGCCGAGAACUUCACUCUCUUCAUCAAGAACAGCAUCAGCUUCCCACGCUUCAGAGUCAACAGGCGCAACCUGGUAGAGGAGGUAGAUGCCAACUACAUGAAGACCUGCCUUUACCACAAGAUCUUUCACCCGCUGUGCCCGGUGUUCAAGCUUGGCUAUGUGGUACAAGAGUCAGGCCAGAAUUUCAGUGCCCUGGCUGAGAAGGGUGGGGUGGUGGGUAUCACCAUCGACUGGAACUGUGACCUGGACUGGCCCGUGCGACACUGCAAGCCCAUCUAUGAGUUCCACGGUUUGUAUGAGGAGAAGAGUCUGUCUCGAGGCUUCAACUUCAGGUUUGCCAGGCACUUUGUGGAGAAUGGAACCAACCACCGGCACCUCUUCAAGGUGUUUGGAAUUCGAUUUGAUAUCCUCGUGGAUGGUAAGGCUGGCAAGUUUGACAUCAUUCCUACAAUGACCACCAUUGGCUCCGGGAUUGGCAUCUUUGGGGUGGCUACGGUUCUCUGUGACUUAUUGCUGCUCCACAUUCUGCCCAAAAGACACUACUACAAGCAAAAGAAAUUCAAGUAUGCAGAGGACAUGGGGCCAAGGGCGGGUGAGUGUGACCCCGCAGCCACCAGCUCCACCCUUGGCCUGCAGGAGAACAUGAAGAUGUCUUGACCCUCAGCCUCCGACUCCUGACUGGAUGCAGCAUGAGGCUUCAGGCAGGGGUCUUCUGGGAUCGCCGCCAGGGAGAGGGUUCUUCUCAGGAGUGCUCCUGCUCUGCCAGCCAGGCAGACACCUGGUUGUCAGCACCCAGAGUGGAUUCAUCCAGAGAUCUCUGCAAUUCAGAGCUCUGGCUCGCAUCCUGCCAUCCCAUCCACCACCACCACCCCCUGCCCAAAGGUGUCUCACCCCAGCGGCAGCCACUCUGUGUCUGGAGAGGCUAGGUCUGGGUGAGGCCCCUCUCACACUCCUGACCCCCAGGUUUUAUGCCUCUCUCUGGGUCCAUAACCACCCCAACAGCCUCAGUGUCUUCCUGCUAUGUUCGCCAAUAUGGCAGCCACUAGCCACACCGAAACUCAUGAGACUCCAGUAAAAGUAAAGCAUGGGCUUCUGAAACUUGUCAGGUUUCUGAACCCAGUCAUGUUGCAACUAUUUAAGUUGAUGUACUUGGCUAGUGGCUGCCAUCUUGGAUAACUCAGUCAGACUUACUGAAAUGCUUGGCUCCGGCCCCAUCUUAUUGGGAGAUCUCUCUGGGAAGCCACCAACAGAGCAAAUCCCUAGGCCCACUGCAUGCCUCCUAAACCAGAAUUUCCAAAUUGGAAUUGGCUAUGUGAUCUGCAGGUAAUGCAAGCUCUCCAGGCUUGUAAGGAUCUCAGCCUGGGCCUGCCUCAUCCAGCAGAUGCAGGCACUGAGCAUGUGUGUGGUGUACUCGCCCAGGCCACAUGGAGCCUCAUGCACACACCCCCACCCCUCUGUGCACACUCAUCAGCAAGUACAUCCCCCUCCUGUCCACACUGUGUGUUUGAACAGCUUGGGCCCUGCAAACACAACCAUCUGAACACUCCUACACCCCUAAGUGCAGACACCUGGUCCAUGCCAUGUCACUUUUAGGGAAAUGCUUCUCCGCAAGUGUGUCAAGAUGGAACUGCCCCUUCUAGUCCUGAAUCGUUCCUUACUCAGCUACCUCCGGUCAGGGUGGCAGUCUUGGCCAAAUUCUGGGCUUCCAGCCUACAGUCCCAGCUCCCAAGGCCCACUUGGCUCCAUGUGAACACAAGGUCUGGGGAAAGUGAGGGGUGGAGCAGAAUAAAAAGAAUGAGGAGUGAUGGUCUGGGAGGUGGAGCAGUGGAUAAAGCAUUGGACUUUCAAACAUGGGGUCUUGAGAUCAAUCCCCAGCAGCACAUGUACCAAAGUGAUGUCUGGUUAUUUCUCUCUCUCCUCCUAUCUUUCUCAUUAAUAAAUAAAUAAAAUCAAAAAAAAAAAGAAGAAGAAGAAGAAUGUGGCCUUUCUGCCUCCUGCACUUUCUUCCUAGUUCUCUCUGAAGCUCAGCAUCCCCAUCUGUGAAAUAUAGGGCCGAACUAGGCUUUCUUUGAGCACUUUCUGGAUCUGUCAGUGGGUAGUAGUGAGCUGACUCAUGCCCUGGGCCCCGCAGGGUGAGCACUAGCAGUCAGUUUACCCCUGACCUAGCAGAGCUCCCAACUGUUGGCGCU